UUACCCAUCACCGAACUACAACUCCCAGCGUGCGCUGACGUCCUUCUAGCGGGUCUUGUUGCAAUGGUGGAGACGGAGGGACAUUGAAUGACUUUGGCUCCAUCACCAAACGGCUUCUUUAUUUGUUUAAAUACCCCAAAACCGGAGGGAUGGAGACGCUCAUCCCCGUCAUAAACAAGCUCCAAGACGUGUUCAACACCGUGGGGGCAGAUAUCAUACAGCUGCCGCAGAUUGCAGUCGUGGGAACUCAGAGCAGUGGGAAGAGCUCUGUGUUGGAGAGCCUGGUGGGCAGAGACCUGCUGCCCCGGGGGACCGGCAUCGUCACUAGGCGACCCCUCAUCCUCCAGCUGGUCCAUGUGGAUGCUGGAGAUGCCAGGAAGAACGAGGAUGGAGGCAAAGAGGUGCAAGAGUGGGGCAAGUUUCUGCACACCAAGGGCAAGAUCUUCACAGAUUUCGAUGAGAUCCGGCUGGAGAUCGAACAGGAAACAGAGCGAAUUUCUGGAAAUAAUAAGGGGAUCAGCGAGGAGCCCAUCCACCUAAAGAUCUUCUCCCCCUUUGUGGUCAACCUCACUCUGGUGGAUCUGCCAGGAAUCACAAAGGUGCCUGUGGGCGAUCAACCUCAGGACAUUGAGAUCCAGAUCCGAGACCUGAUCCUGAAGCACAUCUCCAACCCCAACUGCAUCAUUCUGGCCGUCACGGCGGCCAACACCGACAUGGCCACCUCGGAGGCUCUGAAGGUGGCCCGCGAGGUCGACCCCGACGGCAGGAGGACGCUGGCUGUGGUGACCAAGCUGGACCUGAUGGAUGCUGGGACGGACGCCAUGGAUGUGCUGAUGGGGAGGGUCAUUCCGGUCAAACUGGGCCUCAUAGGAGUCGUCAACAGGAGCCAGCUGGACAUCAACAACAAAAAAUCUGUCGCCGACGCCAUCAGAGACGAGCAGGCCUUCCUGCAGAAGAAAUACCCGUCCCUCGCCAACAGAAACGGAACCAAGUACCUGGCCAAGACCCUGAACAGGUUACUCAUGCAUCACAUCAGGGACUGCCUCCCCGAGCUGAAGACGCGCAUCAACGUCCUGGCCGCUCAGUACCAGUCCCUCCUCAGCAGCUACGGCGAGCCCGUGGAGGACCCCAACGCCACCUUGCUGCAGCUCAUCACCAAGUUCGCCACCGAGUACUGCAACACCAUCGAAGGGACGGCCAAGUACAUCGAGACGGCAGAGCUGUGUGGUGGAGCCAGAAUUUGUUACAUUUUCCACGAGACUUUUGGCCGGACGCUGGAGUCUGUGGAUCCUCUGGGAGGACUCACCACUAUAGACAUCCUGACCGCCAUCAGGAACGCAACCGGCCCCCGUCCGUCUCUGUUUGUGCCGGAGAUUUCGUUUGAGCUGCUGGUGAAGAAGCAGGUGAAGCGCCUGGAGGAGCCCAGUCUGCGCUGUGUGGAGCUGGUCCACGAGGAGAUGCAGAGGAUCAUCCAGCACUGCAGCAACUACAGCACACAGGAGCUGCAGAGAUUCCCGAAGCUCCAUGAGGCCAUUGUUGAAGUGGUCACCUCCCUCCUGAGGAAGAGGCUGCCCAUCACCAACGAGAUGGUCCAUAACCUGGUUGCUAUUGAGCUGGCGUACAUCAACACCAAGCACCCGGACUUUGCAGACGCUUGUGGAGUCAUGAACAACAACAUCGAGGAACAAAGGAGGAACCGGAUGAGAGAGCUGCCGGCCGCGGUACCCCGGGAUAAGCAGGCUCCUGCGGCGGGGCCUCAGGGCGACCAGGACGGUACCGGGAACUGGAGAGGGAUGCUGAAGAAAGGAGAGGAAGCGCCCGCCUCCGGACCCGGAAGUCCUCUGAAAGGAGCCGUCAACCUUCUGGACGUGCCCGUGCCGGUUGCCAGGAAGCUUUCGUCGCGCGAGCAGCGGGACUGCGAGGUCAUUGAACGCCUCAUCAAGUCCUACUUCCUCAUCGUCCGGAAAAACAUUCAGGACAGCGUGCCAAAGGCCGUGAUGCAUUUCCUGGUCAACCACGUGAAGGACAGCCUGCAGAGCGAGCUCGUCGGCCAGCUGUACAAGUCGGGGCUCCUGAACGACCUGCUGACCGAGUCGGAGGACAUGGCUCAGCGGCGCAAGGAGGCGGCGGACAUGCUGCAGGCGCUGCAGAGAGCCAGCCAAGUGAUCGCUGAGAUCAGGGAGACGCAUCUGUGGUGAGAAACAUCCGUCUUCUCCUGGGCCCGCCCCCGGAGAGGCCACACCCAUCACGCCUCAACUUGAAGGUUUCGAUCCGCCAUAAAAAUAGUUCCAUCCUGCUCUGAUGUGCAGAAGUUCUCAUUCUUCUAAAGGGUUUAUCUGGAGCUGUUGGUCAGAAUCUGAGUUUUAGCUGGAUGGACUUCAGAAGGAUGUAAAAAAACAUUUCAGCUUCUACUCUGUAAACUUUUCAAAGUCUUGUGUCAAAAAAGCACUGAACUUCUUUGUUUUUGCACUAUUGUCGCCACACUGUUGAAUAUAUUUAUUUCUGUUAUUUAAAUGUGUAGCUCACAGAAACCUCUGCAGGAGGUCAAAGGUCGGGUGUACAUAUCGCUACAUGUGGGGGCCGCGGCGGCUCCGUGUUCGCCUCAUGAAACUUAGAAUAAACUGAAAUAUUUUAUCG